AUGACUGAGUGCAUACCAAUCUCAACUCCUGCGGAUGUCAACACCAAACUAUCCGCAGACACUGGAGAUCGCAUUGACAAUCCCAAACAAUACCGGAGUCUAGCAGGGGCUCUUCAAUACCUCACCAUCACUAGGCCAGAUAUCACAUACGCUGUCCAACAAGUGUGCUUGUUCAUGCAUGAUCCACGCCAACAACACUUGACUGCACUAAAACGGAUCGUUCGCUACAUACAGGGAACUAAAGGUCAUGGUCUCCAGCUAUAUAGGUCUUCUACUGAUGCCUUAACAGCUUAUUCAGAUGCUGAUUGGGCAGGCUGUCCAGACACCCACCAAUCUACAUCAGGCUAUUGCGUGUAUCUAGGGGAGAACCUGAUCUCAUGGUCCUCAAAAAGACAACAAACAAUCUCCAGGUCUAGUGCAGAAGCAGAGUAUCGAGGAGUAGCCAACACUGUAGCUGAGACGUGUUUUCUACGGAACCUACUUCUUGAGCUCCACCUACCGAUCACAAAAGCAACACUCAUCUUUUGUGAUAAUGUGAGCUCCGUUUACUUGGCAUCCAAUCCUGUUAAGCAUCAACGUACAAAGCAUGUGGAACUUGAUCUCCAUUUUGUCCGUGAAAAAGUCGCACUUGGUCAGGUGAAAGUGCUACACGUACCAUCAUCAUAUCAGUACGCAGACAUAUUCACAAAAGAAUUGCCUUCCUCACUUUUCAACGCCUUUCGAACCAGUUUCACCGUUCGUUCCGCUGCCGAUCAAACUGAAGGAGGGUAA